UACCUACAUCCAUCUGAUUACAUUUCUAUCAGAAAUCCACCAUCAUCAUCUAUGCCAGUUUAUUUAUAAGCUGUUUUUAGAUCUUUAUUAUGAUGAUUUUGGUACAUUUAGAAAUGUAUACCAUUCUCUAGGUGGUGUUUAUGUACAGUUUGGAAAUAUGCCAGCACAUCAAAGAAAGCUAAUAAAGAACCAUUUUGUUAUUGGGUUUAUCCCAUUUGAAGGAAAAUUUGACAAAUUUAUGAUACCAUUUAUUUCAGAAAUAAAGGAAUUAGAGAAAGGAAAGUUUUUAAAAGAAUCAAGUAUCAAACGUAAUGAAACAGCCAUGAUUCAACAAAGAAUUGAUGCAUUUCAAGUUAAAUCAGUUCCAAAAAUUAUUAUAUUUUGUUGGAUAUAUGUUGCAAAAACUAUGAAAGCAGUUUUUAACAAGAAAUUUACAUCAGAUAGCUAUAAGGAAUUGCAACAAUGUCUUGAAGAAGAAUUUUCAAUCCUUUUAAAGGUUUUUGUAAAUUUUGUUAAUUUACCAAACAUACAUGUUAAUAUGCAUCUUUUGAUGCAUGCUAAAACCUUUGGAACACUUAUUAAUACCCAAGUUGGUAUAAAAGAAAUGGUCCAUCGUAUUUUUAAGGGGAUGGUACCAAAAACUAAUUGCAAAAACAUAGAUUUGGAUUUAUUAAAGCGUUACAAUACUUUAUUUGCAAUUCGACAUUUAGCAGAUGGUGAGGCAAAAAAGGAUGUGAGAAAAGGAAAGAACGAAAGAGAAAGAGAAGGACGAAAGAAAAAGGGAGAACGAACAAAAGGAGGGAAAGUGGAAGGGGAAAGGGAGUUUAAAAAAGAAUAUCCUUUUUUAAACUUUAAAUACGCGUAA